GCGUUGGUGUUUACUCAGCGCUGGAGCCCCCAACCGUGGUGUGUUGCUGCUACGUCUGGGGGUUCCUGCCAUGCUUUAGUGGUUGAACGUGUGUGCCCAGGGCUCUGCCGUGCGCGGGGGUCGGCUGGCAGUGAGUGUGUGAUUGUGCAUGUUUGAAAAACAGGCGCUUGAGUUGGUGCUGAAUGUCAGUAAACCGGAUCCGCGACGGAGCCUUCCCGGACUGAGAGAUCGGGUUCUGCAUCAGAUCUAGAAACUGUUUCAAAUCAAAUAGGAAAUAGCCUAUACAGAAAGGAUUCCCUGCUGAGGAUCUCUUUCUCAGUCCUCCUGUGUGUGGCCUAACAGAAGUCAGAGGUGAUGAAGUCGAUCCUAGAUGGCCUUGCAGACACCACCUUCCGCACCAUCACCACAGACCUCCUCUACGUGGGCUCGAAUGACAUUCAAUACGAAGACAUCAAAGGCGACAUGGCUUCCAAAUUAGGGUAUUUCCCACAGAAAUUCCCCCUGACUUCUUUUCGGGGCAGUCCCUUCCAAGAGAAGAUGACAGCAGGAGACACCCCACAGCUGGGCCCCGGGGCUGACCAGGGGAAUAUCACUGAGUUCCUCAAUAAAUCUCUGUCAUCCUACAAGGAAAACGAGGAGAACAUUCAGUGCGGGGAGAACUUCAUGGACAUGGAGUGCUUCAUGAUCCUCAACCCCAGUCAGCAGCUGGCCAUCGCCGUGCUGUCCCUCACUCUGGGCACCUUCACGGUGCUGGAGAACCUGCUGGUGCUGUGUGUUAUCCUGCACUCACGCAGUCUCCGCUGCAGGCCGUCUUACCACUUCAUCGGCAGCUUGGCUGUGGCAGACCUCCUGGGGAGCGUCAUAUUUGUCUAUAGCUUCGUCGACUUCCACGUGUUCCACCGCAAAGAUAGCCCCAACGUGUUCCUCUUCAAACUGGGUGGGGUCACAGCCUCCUUCACGGCAUCGGUGGGAAGCCUGUUCCUCACGGCCAUUGACAGGUACAUAUCGAUUCACCGGCCUCUGGCCUAUAAGAGGAUCGUCACCAGACCCAAGGCUGUGGUGGCCUUCUGCCUGAUGUGGACCAUAGCCAUUGUGAUUGCCGUACUGCCGCUCCUGGGCUGGAAUUGCAAGAAACUGCAAUCCGUAUGCUCAGAUAUCUUCCCACUAAUCGAUGAGACCUACCUGAUGUUCUGGAUCGGUGUUACCAGCGUGCUGCUGCUGUUCAUCGUGUAUGCAUACAUGUACAUUCUCUGGAAGGCUCAUAGCCACGCGGUCCGCAUGAUUCAGCGAGGCACCCAGAAAAGCAUCAUCAUCCACACAUCAGAGGAUGGCAAGGUCCAGGUGACCCGGCCAGACCAAGCCCGCAUGGACAUCAGACUGGCCAAGACCCUGGUCCUGAUCCUGGUGGUUUUAAUCAUCUGCUGGGGCCCUCUACUUGCGAUUAUGGUGUAUGAUGUCUUUGGGAAGAUGAACAAGCUCAUUAAGACGGUGUUUGCCUUCUGCAGUAUGCUCUGCCUGCUGAAUUCUACCGUGAACCCCAUCAUCUAUGCUCUGAGGAGCAAGGACCUGAGACAUGCCUUCCGGAGUAUGUUCCCCUCGUGUGAAGGCACAGCGCAGCCUCUUGAUAACAGCAUGGGGGACUCAGACUGCCUGCACAAGCAUGCCAAUAAUGCAGCCAGUGUUCAUAGGGCCGCAGAGAGCUGCAUCAAGAGCACAGUGAAGAUCGCCAAGGUGACCAUGUCUGUAUCCACAGACACGUCUGCCGAGGCUCUGUGAGCCCAACACCUCCCUGGCUGCACAAGAAAAAGAAAUUCUAUCUUCUUCUUUUUCUUCUUCUUCUUCCUCUUCUUCUUCUACUGCUUCUGCUUCUUAUUCUUAUUCUGUUGCUUCUGCUUCUUCUUCUGUUGCUGCUUCCUUCUUCUUCUUCUUCUUCUUCUUCUUCUUCUUCUUCUUCUUCUUCUUCUUCUUCUUCUUCUUCUUCUUCUUCUUCUACUUCUGCUUCUUUCUUCUUCUUCUUCUUCUUCUUCUUCUUCUUCUUCUUCUUCUUCUUCUUCUUCUUCUUCUUCUUCUUCUUCUUCUUCUUCUUCUUCUCCUCCUCCUCCUUCUUCUUCUUCUUCUUCUCCUCCUCCUUCUUCCUCUUCCUCUUCUUUUUUUUAUUUUUUAAAAGCUCAUAAUCUAGGAGAGUCUCCUGUUUCAUCAGUUAUAUUUUUUUAGGUUUACCAUGCUCAGUGGAAAGAUGAUUGUCACCACAAUCAAUUAUAAGUUCUCUAACAUUAGUAUAGGUACUCAAACUCAGUUUUCCAGGAGUUUUAGUGGAGAGUAUGAUUUCAGUGUCAAAAACAUCCUUUAAUGAAGUUUUAAUGAAGAAAGAGUGAAACCUUUGGCCGUUACAAUUUGAAGUCCAAGUACCCAUAGAAAAAUGACAUCAAAUAAGUACUGCCUUUGUCACCACAACUUUCAUGAUAAUGUAUACCGCUCUUGUCCAUAAGUAUCAGAUGUCCAUUUAAAAAAGUUACAGUACUUAAAGUAGAGCUAUUUUGUAAAAUGUAUUGUGUCCUGUGAGAUCUGUAUCAGUGUUUAUGAUGUGUUAUUUACAAUCAUCUAUUUCAGAAAAACUGAAGGGUAGACUUAUGAAAACAAUGGGACAUAAACAGAGAACUAUGUAAUUGCAAUCACCUUUUCAAAAAGAAUUAAUUCUCAUGAUAUGACUUUAAAGACAUUAGUAUUUUUUAAUUAUAUCUAUCUAAAACCAACAUUGAAUAACCAUAAAGGUUUAUUUUUCUGUUACACAACAGGAAGAAUUUGAAGAUUAUUCAGCAGAAUUAUUGAGCAGAAUUCAUUGACACUUAAAAAUGCAUUAACCCUGCACUCUCAUGGACCUUGGUUAUCUUCUGAACUGUUGCUAUUCUGUUGAGUGAUGGAUUCUAAUCCAAAUGGAAUGGAAGAACAAAGGCAUACUGACAUUUUUGACUGACAUCUGUGACUUUCUCUAGUCUUUAGCUAUUACUGGACCUCUUAAGACAGCAUGUGUCAAUCUUAAUGUAUAUUGUUAUCACUGUGCAAUUGUCGUUUACUUGAAGAGUAUUGCAUCUCUAUAUUCCAGGUUUAAGUAGAUUUCAAGCCUGGGUAGCCAAACAAGAGUCUACUUUCCCCCAUAAUUUAAAAGAAGUAUUGUCUGGAUCAGUAAAAUUAUACUGUGCGUGAGUGUGAAUAUAAGUGUGUGUAUGUGUGUGUUCUUAUCCUGUAACUGUUUCAGUAAUGUCAUAAAGUGAGAAAACUGUGACCAAGUAUAAACUGUACCAUUUGCUGCACUCUUGCACAUGAAUUCAGUUUCUAAAAUUGAGUUCUUCCAGAAAUCUUGCUGAUGAGAAUAAUGGCCACAAACUUGCAGAAAAUACCUCCUCCUCCCAAUGAGAGAUUGGGUCAGGUAUUAUUAAAUUGUCCUUUAAGUAUUCCAGGCAACCAGUGUUUACCAAGGGACAAUCAAUGACCAUCACAGAAGCAAAGGUUUGUAUUUAUGUAGUUAAUGUUGGAGAACGAGAGCAUUUUGGUUUCUGGGCACCCUGCAUGGAUCCAGCCCAUGGAGGUAUAAGUCAUUACAAGGGAAGUGACUCUGAAAAAAACAAGAGCAGCAUUUUCCCCAUUAAGUGGGCAGGCUGUGUGAUCCCAGUUUAGAUGGCAGUAUGUGCCACUUGCUGAAGUAAGACUAGUUUGGCCUAUGUGGCCAAGUAAGACUAGGUUGGCCUACAUGGGCCAAGGAAGUUGGUUGGACCAUGGGUAAGAAAGAAAAGAUUAGUGAGGAGCUUACAUGCAUGAUCAAGGCUUGGAGGCCAGAUGGCUGCUUCCCUACUUCACUCAGAUGUUCUUAGUGACAACCCAUCAUCUGGCUUUGUAGAUACGAUUGCAUUAAAAGGCCUCUCCUUUGUUCCUGGUUAGCAAACUCUAAUGCAUAAAGAUGAACACAGCUUGCUUGCGUCUUUUCCCCCAGUCUCAUACUCCUAUAUGCUGCCAUGGGGUGUUCAAAUUUAGGCACUGUCCCAAUAGAUAUUGAGAUCACUGAAAAGCUAAUUGACUCUGACAUUUUAUUCACCAUUUUUAUAUAGAAAAAUCAUGACUCCCAUAGAAAUAGGGAUGGGCAUAGUAUGGAAAUCUAGCAUUUCUCUGAUGAUUUCUAGUCUGCUUAAUACCUGAGCAGUCUGAUGAUGCAGCGGAUGCCCCUUCCUGCUGGCCCUUCAUGGUCUAAAGGUAGUUGUGGGCUGUGAACCAAGCUGUGAUGCUUCUCAUGGUCUCUCCAGCUCAAGUGCAUCUACUGGUUCCUUUACUUUACCUCUCUGCAGACGAAGGCUUAGGGUGCUAGAAGAUUACUAAUAUCUCCUUAGAAGAAGGAGAAAACGAUUAUGAAAAAAACACCAGGCUGUAGUUACUAUUUAGGAAUUGCCAAAUCUUUUGUCCCACAUGAUCCUGCAUGUUUCAGAGCUCACCAGGCUGUAUCAACUCCGCCUCAUAGCUAUGAAGACUGGUGAAGCCAAAAUUCUUUUCAUUGGUAGAUCAACUCCAGGAUUCAUUUUUGAAGCUGUAUUUGUGCAUAUGCAAUGUUGAUCUUACAGUGUGUUGUGCUUUCAAGAUCUAAAUCACAUAUAAUAAAUUAAGGGACAAUGGGGCUGACAGCACUAAACUUGGUGCUUAUUGAUAUUCUGAGAAAUAUCUGUGAAAUUUCAUCAAUUAUGUGUUAUACCACCUUUAUUUUAAAAUGUUUCUAUUCGUUUGAUUCACUUUGACACCUUUAAUACCAUUUCCUAACCCAAGUGACUCAAAUGUUCUCCCCAAUUAACAUAGUCAUUAGAAUUAUCUUAAUUAGGAUCAUUCAUUAAUUAGUCCCUUAAUUAGACCCAUUAAUUUAAAUAUAAUUUAGACUUCGGUACAUUUUGUAAGGUCUGACUUCAGAGUUUUCUAAUUCCCUCUAAGGGUAACAUAUUGUCCUGAUCUGCAUUUCACCAUCACGUAAAUCUGUUGAAAGGGCCAAAUCCUCAACUGCUUAAUAUCUCCAUUUUUUUUUUUGGUUCUACACAACUACAUUUAGACAAGGAGGGCUGUCUCUAAGAACCUCUGAUUUUUCUUUACAUGUAUGUAAAAGAAAUAUAUGUAAAAGAAGAAUAAUAUGGGGUAGCUACAUAGUAUGUCUACACUGGAGAUUAUUCCCAAGCCUCCCCAUCCCUUUGAGUCCAGGUUGUCUGGCAUUAACCAUCAAGGAAUUUUGAAGUCGAUACCCACAGUGCAGGAAAUUGGCCGAAACCCAGCAGAGAAUUAGGCCCUGGUGGAGGAGUAUUCUAGUCACUGUUCUUUUGAUUAAUUUCGACCAUUCCGUGUCUGUGAACAAUACCACCAACGUCAUGCGCAAAAUUAGAUUUCUCACAAUCUAACUGUAUAUUUGUAUGAUAUUUUAAAAUCUAAAUGCUAGGCAAUGUCUGUUAACAGUUGUCUUGCACUGGCCUUCUGAUGAAAUGUAACAAUGCCUACUGUAAUAUAGACAUGACAUUUUAUCUACUGAUUUGGGCUGAAUGUAUGUAAAUAGGUUUUAAAAAAGUCAGAUGUUUGGGCAGUGGCUUACAAAUCAGUAAUUGUCAGAUAGGAGAAUUUCUUUACAUUGCUGUGGCAUCCGAAAAACUAUCUUCACGUAAACAUAGUAUACUAGGCUUGUUGGGGAUCAGAGUCCCCAAGAAAGGAAUCUUUUUCUUGUGAUAGUGUGAAUCAAGAUACCAGAUUAUCUGGAUUCUUAUUUCCAAUGUUUCAAGUGGAAAACGUAACUCUUUAUUGUCUAUAAAUCUAAGAUAAUUACUUUUACUCUUAGAAGAAUAUUGUAUUGUUAGAUGUUUGUUGAGCUGGUAACAUUCUUGCAAUUGCUGCAAUAUCUUUGUUAGUAAUCUGUAUAAUACUUUGUACACAAGUACUGGUAAGAUUGUUAUUCAAUGUAGCCUCAGUUACUAUAUUACUAUAGCAAAGUAGUACUUCUGUAAUAUUUACAAUGUUAUUAAGCCCAUACUAUAUUUUAUUUCAAUGAUGUAAUUAAAUUGUUAUUUAUUCAAAGAGAAAACAUCCCAUCAUGUUUAUUGUCCAAAGUUACCUGGAAUCAAAUAAAAAUUCUAGAUUAUCAGGAAGAACAUAA